UCUGGCACGGAACUCGUGAUAACUUCAUGAAAAGCCAAUCGGUUCACAUAUGCCUGCCUGUCCUCCACUUUCAACAGCAAUAGUAUCUGAACACUACUCUGAAAUCCUCGUGCAUACCUGCACCAUCUUGUAAAAUCUUGGAAAUACCUGCAUUCAAUAGCAUACCCCAGCAAAGAUGGUCAACAUCUCCAUCCACCCACUGGCGCCCGCCACGUCCCUCGUAACCGGCUUCAACAACGUCGGAGCAUGGGCCAUCGAGGGCGUCGUCCGUCUCUCGACCGGUUCUCACCCGAGCGAGGAGAACAACGAUGCUCCGGACUCUGAGAACCACCCUGCGUCGUUCACGGCAACUAGCAUCAAGAUCGCGUUGAAUGUGUCAGCUGGCACCAGUGUGGGCACUAGGAGCGAGAGCAAUCUGAUGGCUGCGCUUGGGAGCUCUGGUAGUCGGGAUGCGAAGUGGAAUGGGAUCGUUCAUAUGAACAAGGACCUGGAGCUUGUUCCCCAAACCAGUCACGGUGCCAACGGAGUGAUUCUGAAGAAGAACGAGGUUGUAGAUUUGCCGUUCCGUUUCGAAUUUGGUCGAGGGCUUCCACCAAGCUCAGAGGUCGAGCGCGGAAGGUACAGGGCGUUCUCUCGAUACCGUUUGAAUGUUGCCAUCCACGGCCGUCCUCACGGGCUGAGGAACGCUUUCGAACCGCGGUCGCUGACUCUGGACUACGAUGUUCCCGUUUCAUUUUAUGAUGUUGGACAAGUCAAAAAGCUGUUGGAACCGAAGCCGGAGACCUGGGAGGGCAGCACAGAGGAGCUUGACUGGUCCAUCACUCUCGGCUCCGUUCUGUUCCCCCCCAACGAAUUCACCAAAAUCUUCCUGAAAGCCUCCCUCCGCAAUCGCGAGGAUGCCGGUGCCCAUACCCUCGCGACCUCCCCGACCACACAAGCCGCCUUCAACCAUACAGCCGGCAGCCGCCGCGUGGAUCCCGUCCCUUUCAUCCGCCGCGCGACCUUCCAGCUUGUGGAGGAUGGCCAAAUCCAGGCGUUUCAGGUUGCUCAGACGCCCGUUGGGGCACAGAACUUCCAGCGCCGAGGCGGGUUCGACCUUAACCUGCGUCGCAAGAGCGCUGCCGACAAGGUUCUCAUUGAUAGGGACGUAGGCGGUGGACGCAUCGAGAUCAUGGCGUUCGAGGUGGAUGGAGAUAACCUGAAGGAAGGUCAUGAGUUUGUCUUACAGCUGCCGCCAUUGGCGCCUGCUUUGCCGACACCGGGCAGUAAGAUGGCUGGCGUAGCUUCAAUCGACCGGAGAAUGUCGACUGGAGGCACCACCGGCAAGGCGAGCACUGAGGUGCAGGUGAACCCCUCUGGAAACUGGGGUACCUUCCAAGUGAGCCACAUCGCGCGCAUCACCAUCGAAGUAGCCGACGGCCACACCGUUCUAUGGGAGACCCCCGUCACAGUUGCCUCCGCCACCGCCGAGCAAGCUCGUACGCUAGCUGCAGCCUACCCCGACUACACCUCGCUAGACGAAAGCGUUGCCAACUCCGUGAGCGCAUCCAAUGCCAAUCUGGAGGAAGCUUCACGCGGGUUGUUGCUCAAGGCUGCUGAGAUGGUCAACUCGGUCGUUCGGCCCGAUGUGCCAUGCGUUAGAGUUGAUAGUGAGGCGGCUGUUGCGGCUCAUUAGUGGACUAGGGAGGGUGUUAUUUGUUCUGGCUUUU